GCUCUCUGCAUUUUUCUCGUGUGGAGGCGGCCGUCGCAUUUCAAUUUGUUGAAAUAGUUCAUUCAUUUUAAAUAUAUUUAGUAUUCAGUAAUAGGAAGUAAUGGACAACCGCUACAUUGACUACUUUUUGAUCUUGGUGUCCUGCUUUUUGCUUUUCUUUUACAUCCCAAUGGAAUUUGGCAGCAAAAAUCACGAAGGAAAGUUUCUAAGUUAUAUUGAAAAGUAUAAUAAAUCCUAUGAAAAAGGGAGUGAUCUUUACACCAAGAAGCUGGCUGUAUUUAAAGAGUCGCUGGACCGAGCCGAGCGGUUGAACGCGGCCGGCGCCGCAGACGCCGAGUACGGCGUCAGCCCGUUCUCGGACCUCACGCCGGAGGAGUUCCGCCGAAAACACCUGUCGGGCCGCUUUCUGGGCGGCUCGCGCGCCGGCCGACGGCCGCUGCUGGCGGCCGCUGCCCGGCCGCGCCGCCCUGGGCCGCUGCGUCUGCCGGCAGGCCUGCCCGCCCGCGUGGACUGGCGAGAGCGCGGUGUGGUGACCUCGGUGAGAAAUCAGGCCGACUGCGGCGCCUGCUGGGCCUUCAGCACCGUGGAGGUGCUCGAGUCAAUGAACGCGCUGCGCACCGGCAACCUGACCCGGCUCAGCGUCCAGCAGCUGAUCGACUGUUCGACCAACAACCUGGGCUGCACGGGCGGCGACGUGUGCUGGGCGCUCGAGUGGAUGGCGGAAAACGGCGUGGUGCCCGACAAACAGUACCCGCUGAAACUGAAGGACCAGGCCUGCGUACUGAGGAGCACGGCGGGCGGUGUGCGUCUCAAGUCGUACCGGUGCGCGGCCAUGGUGGGCGACGAGGAGGGCAUCCUGCGCCUGCUCGCCACCCAGGGACCGGUGGCCGUCGGAGCCGACGCUACCAGCUGGCAGGACUACGUCGGUGGGAUCAUUCGGUUCAACUGCGAGCGCGAGCUGAACCACGCCGUGCAGAUUGUCGGCUACGACAUGACGGGCGCGGUGCCGUACUACAUCGUCCGCAACUCAUGGGGCACAGAGUUCGGCCUGGACGGCUAUCUGCACGUGGCUGUCGGCAGCGACCUCUGCGGUCUGUCGGAGGAGGUGGGUUCGAUCCUGGUCUGACGCCCGCGCCGUCAGACAGACUGCCUCAGCGCGCGCCGCGCCGGAUGGAUGAAGCCGACGCUGUACUGCAGGGCUACCGGCGCGGUGCAGCUCCUGCCACAGCGCAGUAGCGUCAGCUGAAGAGGAAGCGGCAGCCUAGGGUGAUAUGUAGUCUUCCAGUUGCUGUGGCGGAGCGGGAUUUUAUCGGGAGGAGGGCGACAUUACUUGCUGCAGUUGCAAUACUAAUUAUCAUCACAGCUGAUAUUGUGCCAAUUAUAGGGCAGAUUACCUAGCCUCAUUCUUACAGAACUAAAUAGGGUGUUUAUUAUGGUUGUGUAUGCAUUCCCUCUGUUAAAACUUUCAAUGGCAUUGUUUUUCGCUAGCAGUUAUUUUAGGGACAAAUACUGAGGUCUUUGGGCUUUCAUGGUAUUCCCAGUUGAGAACUGUACUCAGUGCUGUCACAUUUUCUGUGUACUUAUACUUAUCACAACUCAUCAGCAAUAACAGGUACCUAAUACUGAUGACAGGGUCUGGGCAUGUACACCUAGCGUGCAAUUGAGCUACCUAGCCAUUCAGAACAUAGUGGUGCAUAAUGUAAGCCAUUUGCAACUAUUGUAUGUUUGUAAUGUGUUGAGUGGGGCAUGAUCAGUCUUCACUUCAUCUGCGGUAAUCCUUUUUGUAUACACAGUCGUAGCUACCUGGUAUCUGCAGCAAUACUUAAUCAUGGGUACUGUGUCAAUUAUCGUCAUUAUGGAAGCAGUGCGAUAGACGUGCAAUCCUUACCGUUAACUAAGCAGUGUGUUUUGUGGCAGGGUACAAAAGCGUACACCGAUUUUCACAUCUACUCACCGCAACUUCCUUAAGAAUUGUGAAGCCAUAUGCUCGUAAUACUUCAUGUAUGUAGGUACUCUUAUAUGAAAGAAGCAAUAAUAUGCUAUACUUCAAUUAUGUCACCGAUUCAUUCGUUACGGGAGUUUACAGUUGUAUGGCACUUAAACGGUUUGAAUAACUACCGAGUUAUUGAGAAUGUGAUCAGGUAAAGCGCUUGGCCAGAAAACGGUAUGAUUUGGUUGUUUUGUGUUUGGCAUACAAUGCACAUUAGAAGGUGCGUUACGUAUUUGGCGGCAUGGAUUUGGAACAUCAUUGUUUUUUAGCGUGCGCUGU